UAUUCUAUAUUUCAGUAUUCAAGAAAAUUCCGCCAGCGUUUUACGCUUUUUCUUCUCUAGACAUCUUACAACCAUCGCGAACGUAUGCUUUUUGGCCGUGAAAGGAAUCCAUAAACUCUCGCGAUAUUUGUAACUCUCGGGGACGCUGUCAUGGCUGCACCCGUAGACGGCCACUGGGUUUCGUUCUAAGGAAAAUGACCGCAUGUAUUCUCUUUCACUGUGGAAGUGAUUUUUGUUUCAUAGUGACAUCUGGAAGGCAUUUGAACGUGUUUCACUGGAUAGCAAAAUGAGUAACAAAACAGGUUCCAUUUUAUGGAGCCUCAGACGAUUCAGUACUCUUGUUCCAGCUAGAAGAACUUUGAGUAUAUAUUCUUUGGGACUUUGCAGACCAAAACUUGCUCAUUCAAAUUGGAACCCAAGAAACUGUCCAAUUAAUGACUUUGAUAAUAGAAUGCAGCCAUCUGUUGUUAGAUACCUCUUUUGGGAUGCAUUGAUGUUAAAGUCACAAAAUGAUGGCUUUGAGUCAGAAAACUUAAAUACUGUAACAGUCUUUAGAGUUGACAGACUUUGUUCUAGAAAAAUAUCCUUUGACUCAAAACAUUCUUUUAUUUCUGCUGGUACUUGUGAUAAUGAAUUGAAGAAAGUAAACUUUCAUCAUGACGUCUCUAGUAAAGAUGAGCUCUCCCAGGAAAUGAAACCAACCCCUAUCAGCUAUACAAAACUAUCUGAGGAGUCCAAUUCUCUGAGUGAUGUGUUAGAUGCAUUUUCAGAAGCACCUACAUUUCCUAGUAGUAAAUACUUCUUAGCACUGUGGACAGUUGCCAAAAGGAUGUCUGAGGAUCAGAAGCGCUAUGAAAAGCAGUUGAUGUUUAAGCACCCUGCGUUUAACCAGCUGUGUGAACAAGCGAUCAGAGAAGCCAACCGCAUGCACUAUAACCAGCUGCUGUACAGUCUUCACGCGAUAGUGAAACUGGGAGUCUUUCAGAAUACGCUUGUGGUGCAGACUUUGUUGCGGGUCAUCCAGGAACGUAUCAACGAGUGUGAUGAGAGAGAUCUCUCAAUUCUGUCAGCUCUUUUACAGGCGAUGGAGCCAUGUAAGAAUGUCCAUGCUCUUCAGACAGGAUUGUGGUUGCUAGUUGAUCAGCAAGUUUGGAAAAUAAAACACAUCUUCUCAUUACAAACUGUGAUGAAAUAUAUUGGAAAAGACGCACCAGUGGCUCUUAAGAGGAAAUUGGAGAUAAAAGCCUUGAUGGAACUCAGCAGGUUCUCACACGUGAACAGCCUGCACAUGUUUGAGGUCCUGGCCUCCAUGAACCACCGUUCCGUCGUGCUCCUGAAUGCCUGCAGCAAGGUGGCCGUGGAUAAUAUCCAUGGCUGUUCUAUUAAAAUAUUCAUCAGCAUAUUGCAAUCCUGCAAGGACCUUCGAUACUAUAAUUCAGAUCUCUUCAAGGGAAUAGCAGAUUAUGUGGCUACAACGUUUGAUAUCUGGAAGGUGAAACAUGUUGUUUUUCUCCUCAUUUUGUUUGAAAAACUUAGCUUUCGACCCCUUUAUUUGAUGAACGUGUUUGUGAAGAAAAUCACUGAGGAGCCUGAACUUCUAAACCAGAAAAACAUCAUCUCUAUUCUGCAUGUGUAUUCUUCUCUCAAUUACAUCGACAAAGAGUUCCUAGACAUGAUAGCCCGCACUCUGACUGACUGUCUUCACCACGUCUCGCAUGAAAACCUGCUGGAUGCUUUGUGUUCAUUUUGCAAAAUGAAUUACUUCCCCUCCACUCUUCUUGAUGAGCUCCUCCAGAAGGAUGUCAUCAGCGAGCUGCUGACGACAGGUGACACAGAGAAGAAUAUUUACAAGCUUCAUGUUGUGGAUGCUUGUCUGCAACUGGAUUGUGCUUCUUAUCCCAAGGCCAUUGGCACAGCCCUGCCCCUGCUGCCAUCUUUUCCUUCGUUUCCAAAUGAGAAAGUCACCGAAGGACUGAACAGGCUUCUAGAGGGCAGCAGAGAUUUCUUGUCAAAAGAUGUGCAGUUGCCGCAUAAUUACUAUAUUGAUUUUGAAAUCAGAACAGAUGCCAACAGGAGGGUAGCUGUGCUGUGUGUUCCCAAGUCUGCAUACUGUUUGGAUUUAAGCCACCCCAGAGGAUUCCUGGCCAUGAAAAUACGACAUCUGAAUAUAAUGGGUUUUCACGUGGUCUUGGUCAAACGCUGGGAGAUGGAAAAGCUGAAGAUGGAGGAUGCAAUCCUAUUUCUGAAGAAUAAGAUCUAUUCAUCUGAAGUUGUUCCUACUAAAGCAAAUUCACAAAGCCCGUAUUAAAAUAAAAACCAACCUUUUCAUAUUAGAAUACAUAGAUUUAUAAAAAUAACUUUAAUAAAGACUGUAGUACCAUUAUCAGUAGAA